GGCAUUGCAUGACGGGAUAUAUUCUGCUUGGCGCUCUCGCAACUUCGGGUUGAAAGAGUUCAAAUUUUUCUUGAUAAUCCACAUCAUUUUGCAACAUUUCAGACCAGAGUAGAUAUUAGCUAGUCUGAUUUGACAUUCCAGGGACUGCUGCUGAAAUUACACACUUCUGAAGCGCGAAAAAAUGCGCGCCUACGCACUGGAAACUUGAAAGGAAGUCUAGGUAACGAUACAACAAAUUUGUCAAGAUGGCGGCCACCAAACGAGCAUGGAAGUUACAGGAAUUUGUGGCCCAUGGGUCCAACGUGAACUGCCUGGCCCUGGGGUACAAGUCAGGCCGGGUCAUGGUCACAGGAGGGGAGGACAAAAAGGUCAACAUGUGGGCAGUGGGCAAGCCCAACUGUAUCAUGAGCCUGUCCGGACACACCAGCCCAGUGGAGUGUGUGAGGUUUGGGAAUGCUGAAGAACUGGUGGUGGCUGGGUCCCAGUCAGGGUCCCUCAAAAUCUGGGACCUGGAAGCUGCAAAAAUCGUACGGACGCUAACAGGGCACAAGUCCAACAUCAGGAGCCUGGAUUUCCAUCCGUAUGGAGAGUUUGUUGCUUCCGGGUCAAUGGACACCAAUAUAAAGUUGUGGGAUGUCAGAAGAAAAGGCUGCAUCUUUACUUACAAGGGCCACACAGAUGCUGUAAACUGUAUCCGGUUUAGUCCAGAUGGGAGGUGGAUAGCGUCUGCUGGAGAGGACUCCUCACUCAAGAUGUGGGACCUGACGGCAGGGAAGAUGAUUCAGGAGUUCAAAGAUCACACAGGCCCGGUGACUGGGGUGGAGUUCCACCCAAAUGAGUUCCUGCUGGCUUCAGGAAGUGCAGACAGGACUGUGAAAUUCUGGGACUUAGAGACAUUCCAGUUAGUUUCUUCAACAGGAGCAGCAGAGUCUGGAGCUAUUAGGUGUAUAUUUUUCCACCCUGACGGGAAGUGUCUGUUCGGCGGGAGUCAGGAUGCCCUGAGAGUGUUUGCCUGGGAGCCGGGCAGGUGUUUAGAUGCCUUCUCCAUGGGCUGGGGCAAAGUCGCCGACAUUUCUGUGGCAUCCUCACAAUUGAUAGGAGCAUCCUUCUCACAAACCAAUGUAUCUGUGUAUAUUGUAGAUCUAAAUACUGUGACUUGCAGUCCCUCUCAAAUAAAGAGAGCCCAGAUGUCAGGUCCAGGAAUGGUGAGCCAGCCUGCCCCGUCAGAGCCGGUCAAACCACCCAUGUCAGCAAGUGGCCGUCGCAUGUUCAUCACUGAACGUCCUCCUACCUCCUCCACCAAGAAAGCCAGUGAGAUGAAAACAGAACCAGAGGAAGAGUCGUCUGCGUCCAACGAGCCAGAAGACGACAGCUCGAAUGUGGCACAGAUCGAGAACCAAGACGACUAUAGAGAAGUGUUCCAGGGCAGGACCAAGAUAGAACGAACCCCCCCAAGGAAACUUGAGCCCUUCCCAGCCCCGCCUGAAGAUUCCCCUCCAGAAGAUCAGUCAAAAGCAAAACCAUACAAACAGCCAGCAAAGGAACAGAAAGCAAAACAGGAGCAGCCUAUGAAACCUGCCACCAUUGUCCCAGCCGACAGGAACAAACCUGCAGAUCUCAACAUGGCAGAGUUCCUGCCCAAGAGACCAGACUCGGCGGUGUCGGCUGACCCCAGACGACCCCCGGCGGUGAAGGAACAGUCGGAGGACGAGGUCCUGACCAGUCUGCACAAGGGACACGAGUCCAUGUGUGCCGUCCUGGGCAACAGGCACCGCAACCUGGAGAUCGUCAGGGCGCUCUGGACCAGCGGGGACAUCAAGACGUCAGUAGAUUCUGCUGUUGGGAUGAAGGAUCUAUCUGUCAUGGUGGACCUUCUCAAUGUACUCAUUCUCAAACACUCCUUGUGGACUCUAGAUCUAUGCACUGUUUUGCUGCCUCAGAUUCAGGAGCUGUUGGCAUCCAAGUACGAGAGCUACUGCCACACAGCCUGCAAUGCCUUGAAGAUUGUCCUGCGGAGCUUCAGUUCCAUUAUUAAGACCAACGUUCAGGCUCCUCCAAUGGGAGGUGGUGUCGACAUAUCCAGGGAGGAAAGAUACAAGAAGUGUAAGGUCUGCCACGGCCACCUCAUGUCCAUCCGUGGUCUGGUGGAGAAGAAACAGUCCAUGUCGGGGAAACUGGGCAGCACCUUCCGCGAGCUGCAAAUCAUGCUCAACGGGCUGGACGACUAAAUCUCGCACCUACCAAACCUUCCACGCGUCGUGACGCCACUCCCUUACGCGUUCCGAACUCCAUAUCUGCUUAAAAGCACAAAUAGAUAAAUUUCCAGUUUUGCACCGAAAUGGGGAGCUGAAAUAGUGACUUUAAUACUCCCCAGAACUUCUGGAAAGUUGGGAAAAGGGGGACCACAGAUAAAGACAGGCUUGUUAUUAUGAAUUGAAAAAGCUGCUCCUCUAGCAUUGUGAUAUUAUCCACAGUUAGUUUGGUAAGAUGGUUUGUGGAGUGUAUCUUGCUGAGGAUAUUGAAACACCACAUGCAGAGCGUGAGAGUGUAGAGUGAGAUUGAUUUUUGAGUGUCAUGUUAAUGUUUGUGUUUCGUCAGUCCUUUGUCUUGCCCUCACCACACAUGUUAAGUCCCUCUGUUCCCAUACACCAAAGUACUAAAUGGCACCUAACUUGAUCAUACUGGAUUUAUAAUUUAUGUUUUAAAGAAGGGAAAACACAUCUUUAAUCACAGUUUUAUGGUAUACCGAUUUCAGCGGCCCGGCCUGUAGAACCCUAUUCUUUGUCCUGUCGUGUGGGAUGUUGUAUGUUUCAAAGAUAGGAAAAAUUCAACGGUGGAGGGAGCAUUAGGUACAUGUUACAUUUCUUAGCAUUUCAGAAUGCCUUUCACAUCUAUAAUAUGAUCUACCAAAAGUAGCCCACAAAAUUAUCUACAAGGGAGGUCAAAAUCUUAGUGAGUACCCUCAGACACUGUGGCAAACUGGACAAAGCUGUUAAAACUGGGCAAAGACAUAGUUUCUUUCCAGUACUUCCAGAAAAUUCGGAAUGCCCAAGUGCAGUCACCUACCUUUGCUGGUUGCAUUGGUUACCUGCAAUGCUGCUCUCCUAACACUAGGUGUCCCUUCUGCAAUACCGUAAAUCAAUACUCCAGUGGUGCAGUUCCAGUAAACAUUGGCUGCUGACAGAGAUAUGUAUACUGAGCUUGUAUGCCUUGUAGCUUUCUUUGUACAUUUGAAGCAGUGAAAAUGAGCAUGCUUUGUCUUGAAGAUACAUGUUUGUAUGGCAAAAGUCCCUUGAUAAUAUUUAAUUUGUCUAGAAUGCAGUAUUGUCAAGCCACUGAGGAAAAAUUUUGGUGUAAAAGAUUUAGUCUUUUCAGUCUGAGAUACCUGCAAAUGGUGAUUGACAGUUGGCCCCUAAUAUUGGGGAGUGUACAUAAAUGUCAUUGCCUUGGAAAAGGUAUAAUUACGUGUUGAUUUGUUGAUUUUCUGCUUUUUUUGAAAAACGACGAGUGUCACAAUAACCUCCUUAAUAUCACUUAUAAUAGGUCUUACUGUAUGGAGCUGGCACUGCAUUUUGAUGUGAAUUAUACUUAAAAACUAUGAAAAUUAAUGAUGAAUUUGUUACAGUAUGUAGAAUAUUACAAAUGGCCUGCAAGUAGGAGCUUAUGUUUGUGUUUUGUUUCCAGAUUUGACUGUAUUGGUUUAGCAAAAUAAAAGUAUCCACAGCAAAGACUAGAUGUGUAUAUAGAUAUGUACAUGUUCCUUUCCCUUGUCGACCGUAUAAUAUAGGUAUUGUGUUGCACACAGGGCUAGAGUAGCCAAAAUGUCUGCAUAUGGUGCCUUUGAACUAUGCAUGGCCAUGAUUUGAACAAGUGCUGGUAUUCCUGUAGAAACUUCCAACAAAUGUUAGGAAAUGUGGUCUUAUACGCUGUGUUUUGUAUGCUUUGGGAUCAGUACUGUAUUAACAAAAUAUACAAUAAGGGCUUUGAUAACUCACUGAAUCUAUAAAACGCAAUCAAAAGCUAGGCAAGCCUGUAUCACAAAAUUCUUCUGAGGUUGUUGUUAGGUUCAAAACUUAACAACGAGAUCUGUGUUUCUUUCCCCAUAACAUUUAGUAUUAGAUCCCCAAAUCUUACAAAAGUCAGCUCUGUGAGACAGUUUACUUCUUAUUGCCUAUAAUAGGCAGGUCUCCUCGAUUUUGUUUGUGUGGUUUGUGAUAGUACCUGGGAGCACUGUUGUUAAAGAUUCCUGCACAAGAUUGAUAAUGAUAUUUUCCUUCACGA